ACGACGAAAAUGCAUUCAGCACAUUCGAAAUCACAACAAACCAAUGUCAAACUUGUUUAAUGCGGUAAACAAACCGUACCUAGUGUGAGAAAGAAAUGUUUUGAACAAAAGUGGAAAAUGUAUGACUGGAAAUAUCAAUGUAUGGAAUUAUGAGAAGAAUGAAGUUGCAAGACUAAAAGUCUUUCGAAAUAAACCCAUGACCAGAAUGUGUGGAAAAAUGAAGCGCUGAACGAAUUGCAGUCGGGUCGGGCAGAUCGGUGCUUUGUUGACCAUUCGAUACCCUUGUCAUGGUUGUUUCCUAAACCUGCUCGUGUUCGUGUUUGCUCAAAGAAACGUGAAAAUGGAAAACGAAAACACGAUGCUGUAUCCUGUGAAGCUGGAAGUUUGCGACAAUCCAGAUAAUCAAGAGCACAGGGAGCACAAUCCUCCCAUUGCGAGUAGAACAAUAAUCGAUCAACCAUUGGCUGCUUAUGCCACAUGUUUACAGGGUACUAAAAUGGAAGGCUCUUAUGGCGAAAACAUCGAUAUGCAUGCGAGCAAGUCGGCCGAUAUACAGGUUAAGGUGGAACCACAAGAACUAGAAACCGAUUUGCAUCAUGAACAAGUGGGUUAUGGUACAUGUUUACCGAACGCUAAAAUGGAGUACCCCAUGGGAGAUGAUAUAGAUCUAGAAGCUACAGAGAUAACGCCUUCUUGUGAUAACGAACAUAACGAUUAUUCUGCUCCACAAAUAAAGAUCGAAACCCAAGGUGCAGCUUCCGAUCCAGAACAAGAUAUGUCGGAAGAUACCUUAGACCAGCAUGAGUCCUCUUCGCCAAGAAACGUGGUAAAAAAAGAGAAUGUUCCAUUUAGCAUGAAGGGACCGGAAUCGGCAGCAUUGUUAGAAAAGCCAGAUGAAACCAACGUAGACCGUCACAGCGAUGCACUUGAUGAUAGUUCCGCAAACCAAAGCAAACGCGUGUAUGCCGAUGGGAUAUUGUUCGAUAUUCGUGUAGUAGAUGAUGCCUGCCGUACAGAAGCCAACAAUGUUCCAACUGAACAACCAGCCAACAGCAAACUCACAACAAACAGCGGACUGCGGUCUCGUGAAACAGCGCAAUUGGAUGUUAUGGAUUCUAUUAAAUCUUUGGGUGAAAAUAAGCAAUACAAAUGCGAUCGGUGCGAGAAAUCAUUUUGUGAUAAAAUGGAACUGAAAAUUCAUAAACGGAACCAUCAAUUUACGGUAUGUCCCGUGUGUAAGAGAACCAUGCGUACCGAUUUCGUGAAAAGACACAUCGCUAGAGUGCAUCCGGAUGAUGGGAUUUUACCGAGAAAUCGAUCAUUCCCAUGCGACGAAUGUGAUCGAGUGUUUUCGAACGAUGUUCAGCUGAAGAACCAUCAGCUGUCGCAUAAGAAACAGGGUUGCCCUGUUUGUGGUAAAAUAGUAAGGUCUGAUUAUUUGAAGAGGCACAUGGAUUUGAACCAUCCGAAAGAAGUGAACUCAUCGGAUGGUAGUACAUACUCGUGCGAUCAAUGCGACACAGUGUUAAGCAACAAGUAUCUACUGUUCUUCCACAAACGCACCCACCAAACGGAAGAAUGUCCGGUGUGCAAGGAAACGCUAAGGACCGGAUACAUGAAGAUUCACAUCGACAUGAAACAUCCCGACCAUAGUACUCUGCCAGAAAAUCCUGCGUUCAAAUGUGACCAGUGUGAAAAGUCAUUUGGAUAUAAAGCGGCGCUAACGCUGCACAAGCGCAAACACAGGCUGACGGAGUGUCCGGUUUGUACAAAAACGGUACGAGCAGAUUGUUUGAAGCGACAUAUGGACUUCAACCAUCCCAACGAUACCAGUCCGUCCGACAAUGUGUCGCGUCUACAAUGUGAUCCUGAAAGCGGCGCGCCCCGAUUAUCAAACGAUAGACGAGCGCAGCAGACAGAAGAUUGUCCCGAGUGUAAGGAAACGUUCCGUAGUGACUACCUGAAGAUUCAUAUAGCCAUGAAGCAUCCGAAUGAUAGCGCAUUGCCCGAGGAUCGACCAUUCCAAUGCGAUCAGUGCGACAAAUCGUUUUGCUAUAAAACACAACUCAGGCUCCACAAGCGUAACCAUCGUUUGACGGAAUGUACCAUUUGCCAGAAGUCGAUGAGAUUAGAUUGUCUCAGGCUGCACAUGAGCAGAAUGCAUCCUAACACCGCAAGCAGUGUUAAUAAGCAACACUGAAAAAAUCCAGGUUAGUCACGUGUGUGACCGGAAAAUGCAUUUCUGCUUUGGAGUUCUUGAUUACACAUUAUUCCGUCGUGCGUUC